AUGGGGAGGAAGAGAAAGCACGGCGAGACUGAAGCGCCGGCUCUGGCGAAGAAGGACGAUUCAGCUCCGGAGAGACCGAAAAGGACUCUGUUGGGCUGGAAAGAUAAGAAGGAAGAAGAUGGUGAGGAAUCUAAAACAACGUCUGGUUUCAGGAAUAAAGAGAAAGUUCUCGUUACUUGUUCCCGCCGGAUCAAUUACAGGUAUCGGCAUCUGAUGUUGAACAUAGUGUCACUUCUGCCUCACUGUAAGAAGGAUAGUAAAGUGGAAGCAAAGAGCAGUAAAGGAGCCACUCUUAAUGAGCUUGUCGAGCUUAAGGGAUCUUCUUCCUGUUUGUUCUUUGAGUGUCGGAAGCAUAAAGAUCUUUACUUGUGGAUGGUCAAGUCCCCUGGUGGGCCCUCUGUUAAGUUCUUGGUUAAUGCUGUUCACACAAUGGAGGAGCUAAAACUGACUGGAAACCAUCUGAAAGGAUCACGCCCACUUUUGACAUUCUCAUCCAAUUUUGAUAAAGAUGUCCACUGGAAACUAUUGAAGGAGAUGUUAACUCAGAUAUUUGGAAUCCCCAAAGAACACAGGAAGUCUAAACCUUACCAUGACCAUGUGUUUGUUUUCUCCAUUGUCGAUGACCAUAUAUGGUUCCGUAAUUACCAGAUAUCGGUGCCUCAUAACGAGUCAGACAAGAUUGCACGAGGUGGUCUUGAUAAAAUGACACUUAUCGAGGUUGGUCCAAGGUUUUGUUUGAAUCCGAUAAAGAUAUUCGGAGGCAGCUUUGGAGGUCCAACGCUUUACGAGAACCCAUUCUACGUUUCUCCAAACCAGAUUCGAGCACUGGAGAAGAAGAACAAAGCUGGGAAAUUUGCCAAGAAGAUCAAGGCCAAAACAAGGAGAAAGAUGCAUGAGCUCUCAAACCCAUUGGAGCCUGAUGAGUUUGCUGACAUGUGGAAGGAUGAUGAAUGA